ACUCUGGGACCCUAGAACGAGUGACAGUAGAAUAACGAGAAAGGGACGAUGGGACAUCACUUCUCUACCCCUGCCGCAUUCGCCGCCGAGGAGGUCGACUCCCCCAUCCUCGCCAUCCACUCCAAGAAUGCCUGGAACGAUCAUUGGAAGUCCCACAAGGACUCCUCCAAGCUGAUGGUGAUCGAUUUCACGGCAUCGUGGUGCGGGCCGUGCCGCUCCAUCGCGCCGGCCGUUAAGGCCAUGGCGGCCAAGUACACUGACGUGGUCUUUGUCAAGAUCGACGUCGACGAGCUCUCGGAGGUGGCGCAGCAGUGGAAGGUGCAGACGAUGCCGGCGUUCGUGCUGGUGAAGGGAGGGAGAGAGGUAGGCAGGGUGGUGGGCGCGAAGAAGGACGAGCUCGAGAAGAAAAUCGCGCAGCUCAGGGCUUAGAAGGACGUGCUAAGGCUUUUAGUUAACUAUCUAAUAUAUAUCUUGUGGACUUUGUUGUCGUCUCCCGCGUGUGGAACGAAGAACUUCUGUCGAGAUUAUCUCUUUUAUGGUUUUAUUACGUACUUUAGAGCAGCCAAUCUGCUCUGUUUGUUGUGUGGAAUGCUAAUUAAUAGUUUUUAUUAGAUGAAAAGCCCAAAAAUCUUCAGGAAUGGGAUGUAUGGUUCUUCGCACCAAUUGAAGGCUUACAUAUGACGAUUAUGAAAAAUUAAGCUUGUUUUGCUAUAUAUGAAAAAUAAAAUUUGUCUUAAUAAU